AUGGACUACCAUGAGCCGGACGAGCAAGAGCUCACCACCGCCGUGACCGCGAUCGCCGACGGCGGCGGCCUGGACUGGCUGGAGGACUCCAUCUCCUUGCUGUCCGCGGACGGGGAUCUCAGCGGCAGCUACGGUUGGUGGUGCGAUCCACCGCUGCUGCCGGCGCAGCAAGACGACAUUGGGAUCGUCGUCGCGCAGACGCUGCCGCCUCCCGCGGCGCUCACGACGACCGGUUCGCCCCCCACAAGCAUUGCGUCGCCGGCCCCGGCGUCGUCCAAGAAGCGCAAGUCGUCCCCGGCGUCCGGCCAUAGCGGCGGCGGCAGCCAGCGUCGGCGCGCGGAGCAGGAGAGGGAGAGGCCUGCAGGCGGCGGCGGCAAGAAGAAGGGGGGCGGUUCGGACUGCAGGGAGGCUCGGUGGGCGGAGCAGCUGCUGAGCCCGUGCGCGGUGGCCGUGGAGGCCCGGAACCUGUCGCGCGUGCAGCACCUCUUCUACGUGCUGGGCGAGCUGGCGUCCUUCUCCUCGGGCGACGCCAACCACCGCCUGGCCGCCUACGGCCUGCGCGCGCUCUCCCUCCGCCUCCCCGCCGCGGUUGGCCCCGCCGCCGCAGCCGCCGUGCGCGUCCCGGCCUUGGGCGCCGAGUGCCCGUCGUCGUUCGCGGCCGCGGAGCCCCGGGUGUUCCGCGCGUCGCUGAUCCGGUUCCACGAGGUGAGCCCCUGGUUCGCGCUCCCCAACGCGCUGGCCAACGCCGCCAUCGCCCAGCAGCUGCUGCAGGCGCCAGGCCGGCCGCUCAGCCUCGUCGACGUCGGCGUCUCGCACGGCGUGCAGUGGCCCACCCUGCUCGAGUCCCUCACCCGCCUCCCCGCCGGCCGCGCGCCGCCCUCCGUCCGCCUCACGGUCGUCUCCGCGGCAGCAGCUACACGGGCAGCGCCGUUCUCGGCGUCGCCUCCGGGGUACGACUUCGCGCCGCACCUCCUCCGCUACGCCAAGUCCAUCAACCUCGACCUCCACAUCGCCCGCGCCGGCGACUUGUCCGCCCAGCUGGGCGAGGAGGAGGCGCUCGUGGUCGUGUGCCUCCAGUUCCGCCUCGGCCACGUGGCCCCCGAGGAGCGGACGGAGGUCCUCCGGAAGGUCCGGGAUCUGAAACCGGAUCUCGUGGUUCUCUCGGAGCUGGACGUUGUGGUCGGAGGCGGCAGUGCAGGCGCGGCGGGCGAGUUCUCGGCGAGGCUGGAGCUGCUGUGGCGGUUCCUGGAGUCCACGUCGGCAGCGUUCAAGGGGAGGGACGGCGAGGACAGGCGGCUCAUGGAGGCCGAGGCGGGGGCGCCCGCGGGCAUGAUCACGGCGCCGGCGUCCGGGGAAGGGAGGGAGGCGUGGCGGGACCGCAUGAGAGCGGCGGGGUUCCAGGAAGCGGCCUUCGGGGGCGAGGCCGUGGAGUCGGCCAGGUCGCUGCUGAGGAAGUACGACAGCGGCUGGGAGAUGGCGGGAGCAGCCAGCGGAGCCGCCGCGGUGGCCUUGCGCUGGAAGGGCCAGCCGGUCUCCUUCUGCUCCUUGUGGCGCCCGGCGCCGCCGCCGUAG